AUGGAAGAUACUAAUAAAUCAGAAGUACAUUUAACUUACUGGAAUUGCCGAGGAAGAGCCUAAGUAUGUAGAUACACUUUAGAGGCCGUAGGAGUUACCUAUACUGAAACCAGAUAUGAGGUCAGUGACUACAAAGACUGGUUUGAAAGAGACAAACCUGUAUUGACUCUUCCCUUGCCAAAUCUUCCUCAUUUCAAAGAUGGAGAAAUCCAUUUCACCGAGCACGAUGCAAUUCUCAGAUAUAUUGCAAGAAAGUACAAACCAGAGUUGCUUGGUAAAAACUUGGCUGAUGAGGCUGUGUAAGAAAACUAUCUUUGCUACUUGACUAAGCUUUUCCAAAAGCUUGCUGACUUCUGUCAUACUCCUAAUCCUACAGAUGAAUCAAGAUCUGCAUUUGCUGAAAGUCACUCUCCUCAACUCACAGGAAUCAAUACUGCUCUUGAGGGAAAGUAGUUCUUAGUAGGCGAUUAUCUAACUGUAGCAGACUUAUACUUCUAUGAAUAGAUAACUAUUUUAGAACUUAUAUCGAAAGAUACCUUCGCCAAGUAUCCAAAUAUUUAGAAAUUCAAGGAAAACCUAGAGAAUUUGGAUUGGUUUUCAAAUUAUCUUAAAGGCGAGAAGUUUGUUUCAAGACCUUACUUUGGACCUAGGGCAAUUAUCAAUAAUUGA